AUGAAUGCUCGCAGAGAGGGGAUUGAUUUCCUCACUCAGAGUCGCUAUAACAGCAGGACGUCCUCCGAUUAUGAUGAUUUCUGGCAUCACUUGCAGAACGCAAACCUAACAUAUAUUCUUGUGACAGCUGUAUCAGUUUUCUUUUUCCUUAACUACCUUAAACCAGUCCCAGCAUCGGUUGUUGGCACCGUGUGGGAUCUCGUCGUCUAUCUAACGCCGUCUCGAAUAAUCGCCGCCCUGGACUCGAAAACCGCAACAGAGGAACCUUCGGACCCGCCAAACUUCCAAGCAAAAAGCGAGGCGAUGCAACGUAUACUCGGACUCGAUCAUGCUUCGUUCCCUUCAUUUUUCCCUCGGCCGACGGCUCUCUCCGGACUCAGCACCGCCCUCUUAGGAAGCAAGGACACUGUUCCCCCGGGGUUAGGGAACUGGGAUAACUCGUGCUACCAGAACAGCAUAAUCCAGGGGCUAGCGUCGCUCCCAUCGUUUGCGGAGUUUCUAGGGCGGAAUAUCGAUGUUCUUAGUGGGAAAUUCUCACUUUCGACUCAUGAAGCACUCAGGGGGAUCAUCGAACGGUUGAAUACUGCGGAUAACCACGGUCAACGGUUAUGGACUCCCGCGGAUUUGAAAUCUAUGAGCAGCUGGCAACAGCAGGAUGCCCAGGAAUAUUUCUCGAAGGUGGUCGACCAAAUCGAUCAUGAGGUGCAGCAGGCUACAAGACGACAGACGCGCAACCUUGGUUUGAAGAUGGCGGGACCGCAAGAACACGUUAUUGGGGCUGCUUCAACACAGGCGAAUAGCUCUGCUGAAUCAGGGCAGUCGGCGAAGCAAUCAUUCCGCAAUCCUUUGGAAGGCCUUCUUGCACAGAGAGUUGGAUGCAUGCAAUGUGGAUGGACAGAAGGACUCUACGAAUACGAUGUCCGGGACUGUCUGGAUGAAUAUAUGAACCUGGAGCCGAUUGAGGGUGUGGAGUGCGCGAAAUGUACCUUACUUCGCGCUCAAGACCAACUUCGCAAUCUGCUGCAGCAAAUCAAGGAUGACGAAAAACUCUCACAAACGGCCGAUUCAACUACCAUGUCGGACGCGCUCAAAACAUCAGCUGAGCAGCGACUGCGGGCUGUUGAGGAGGCACUAUAUGAUACCGAUUUUACGGAAAAGACCCUGUCGAAGACAUGCCACAUCCCCUCGAAGAGCAGGGUUUCUACAACAAAGUCAAGGCAAGCUGUUAUUGCAAGACCCCCCAGCUGCCUCGCCAUUCAUAUCAAUCGGAGUGUUUUUGACGAAAAUACUGGUUUACUGAGAAAGAACUACGCCGCCGUCAAGUUCCCCGGGGUCAUUGAUUUGAGCGAAUGGUGCCUAGGAGGAAGUUAUGCGGAAGCCGUCGAGGAGAAGAUCGAGAACUGGGGCACAGAUCCUCGGGUAUCGAUGCUACCCCCACCAGGCGCCGUGAGAGAUACUUUCGGACGCCGUUACGAGUUGCGUGCGGUAAUUACUCACUAUGGCCGCCACGAGAAUGGCCAUUAUAUAUGCUAUAGAAAAUACCCCGUCGAUAUAUUCCCGGCCCACGUCCCCGAAACAAUUUUGGAGGCGGAUGGCGAGAAAGAAAAGGCCGAACGUUGGUACCGACUGAGCGAUGAGGACGUUCAAAUGGUUAGCGAGGAGAAUGUGAUGACCCAGGGAGGUGCAUUCAUGUUGUUCUAUGAAUCUGUUGAAGCGUCUGGCUCUGGGCUAGGCGAGACCAGCUCUAAUGGAGUUGGGAAUCCAGCAACGAGCUUCAGUUCUGCUUCACCGGAAGAUAUGUCUUCUAUUACCUCGACAGCCACCGAUCGUUCGACAGUCUCCGACACAUCCCGCGCUACAAGCGUAUCGACCGACGGUGUUGAUACACCCAGCGAGAAGGACCAGCCUAACUCGGAAGUCGACUAG